CCGGCGUUCAAUAGAGUACUUGUGAUUUUCCCACUCCCAUCUCAAGCACCUACUGCUACUGCCACCGCUACACAAAGACCAAGAUCUUUCUUUCAUUCUUUCAUCCCUACAAAAGAGAAGAGAAGAAAGAAAAAAAUGGCAGGCCACGAUCAUGCAUCUCUCCUCCCCCUCAGCACCAUCCCGCGGCGAAAGCCCUCAAAGUCGCAACGCGUGCUGAGAAAUCUGGCGCACCCGCUACGCUCCCGACAGGAGCGCAAGGCGAGGAAGUUGGAUAAGAUUCAGCGAGACGAUGCGGAGCGGCAGGCGAAUAUGGAGGAGUUUCUGGAGGGUGGAAGGAUUUUCUAUGAGAAGCAACAUGCUAUGAGCCAGAAAUAUGAGUAUUAAAUCGAUCGAUUGAUUGAUGAGGGUUGUUGGUGCUUGUUUCUUUAUUUCGUUUGGAUAGCAGGUUGCUUGCUGGCUGAUGGGGGAGUUUUUUUUUUUUUUGCUUCUUUCAUUUUCGUUUGGAACUGGAGUGAAGGGGUUUUUUUGUGAUUAUGGUUUGCGUUCAUUUGGUUGAUGCGUUUCUGCUCAACUUAUUACUUUGCUGUACUGUAUAUUUUUUAUCAAAGCCUUUCUUUCAUCUUUCCA